GUCGGUUCUUGUCAGCAAGAGAAGACAGAGAAGCAUUUGCCAUGUCGAGCUGGUGAGCCAAAAUGGCGGCAGUGUGGGAGGCCGCGAAAUGUGCAGCCGGCUCUCCCCUUUUGGUUUUUGGCAAGCUGGGAGUCCUGGAGAGCAUCCAGGAGGAGCCAGGACUUUGGCGUAGCGCGGUGCGCGUGGGCCUUACCCACACCGAAGGUGCUCAUCCCGCACUGCUUCUUGCCAAGAACGAGACCUUAGCAGGUGGCCUCGGUCAACUUCAAGACCUCUUGAGAGAGAUGGGUUGCACGGUGCAGAUUGUGGAAUCGUUGGAAGGAGCACCCCACGCCUCAAUGCUGUUGGUAACGCCAAGCUUGGCAAGAGAGACCUUCCGCAGCUUGAGGGAGAAGCCACGUCCCGGUUGCAUCGUGGUGCUGCUUGGCCUUCCUUCCGAAGGUUUGCUUCACAUUCAUGAGGAGGAGCCGCCAACCAUGAUUUUUGGCCUCGGGCACGAGAACGGCAAAGAGACCUUAAGCUUGAGUCAAUGGGAAGAGCUUCGAGAAUCCUCCGGACAGGGCUCCUCGCUUCACGGCCUGGCGCUCGGCCAACUGGGCGGAUGCUGCUGCUACUUCGAUGGCCGGAUUGAAGCCCUGGAAGUGGCAGCCAUACGCUUGUGCCCUGAAGGCUCCAAACUACGGUGGGAGUUAUUCGAACCUGACGGCAACGCUGAGAAGCUGCCGAAGGGCCUGGCGCCCUUCUCUUCCCCCAUGCACGCGGCGGCUGACUUCAUCUCAGCAGGCUGCGCUUUAGCUUUUACAGGCGCUGGCAUCUCCAAGGAGAGUGGCGUGCCCACCUAUCGAGAUGGAGACGGCCUUUGGAAACGCUACGAUGCCAUGGAGGUGUCCAGCCUCGCCGGCCUCGCCGGAGAGCCUGCGAAGGUGUGGGCCUUCGAGAAAGAGUUCAGCGAGAUUCUUCGUGGCAAAGGGCCAAAUCCUGGGCACUUGGCUUUGGCGAAGUUGGAAGAAGAAGGUUGCAUAGACAUGGUGGUCACCCAGAAUGUGGACGGCUUCCACCAAGCUGCGGGCAGUCGAAAAGUGGUGGAGCUUCAUGGCAGUGAGGUCCACGCCAUUUGUUUGAACAGGGCCUGUGGCAAGCGCCUGGAAAUGGCGCAACUCUUUGACGGCUCCAAGGCCUUCUGGUCACCUGAAGCCAGAGGUUGGGGUCUUCGAUGGCCGGAGGGCGACUCCGACACGGACCUUCAGAAAGCCGUCCGAAGCCAACUCGAAGAAUUGAUUCAGGGAAAGAAGGAUGGCAAGUCCCAAGACUCGUCAAGCUCCAGUGAAUCAACGAGCAGUUCGAGCAGCAGUGUGAGCUCUGGCACACGACAGAAGCGCAGGAAUGCCGCCAAGACCCCAAAGCCUUUGACCGAGCAGGAGAAGGCUGAUGGGCCUCCUGUGGGGCGUGUGCCCAUUUGCCCAAGUUGCCAAACGGGCCUUUUGAAACCCGAUGGAGUUUAUUUCGGUGAGUCGUUGGACAAGCGUGUCUUGAAGCGGGCGCUCCUGCAGAGCAUCAAUUCCAAAGUGGUGAUGAUGGUGGGAACCCGCGGUGAGGUUGACCCUGCGGCCAAGUUGCCCGUCAUCGCAAAGCGUGAGCAAGAUGCCAAGAUCAUCGAGGUGAACAUUGGCUCGACCAGACUGUCCAAGCAUGCAGACAUCGUGCUGAGGGUUCGAGGGAGUGACAAGGGGCAUCAAAGGGCUACUUACUGGUUGAACAAUUUCUCAAAAUCCAUAGAGCACUUCUACCUGUUCGGGGGUGAUGUGAUGUUCUGGUUUCUUUGGAAUACCACUGCACCUUAUCAAACGUCAGCUGCAGCGUGCGAUUCUUUGCUGAUUGUGGCAUAUCAUAUUGUUGCAAUCUGUCGAAGUGUUCCACCGGUCACAGCUGAAGCACGUCAACUAUUGUCAGGGUGCUGCUGGAGAAGUCUUACCUAAGCUGAUGAAGCUGGUUCUCGAGCACCCCCGGAAGGCGGAGUUUCGGCAACUGCGCGAGCGGCAAGUGAAGCUGGUGAAGAAGGUGGUGUGGAAAAAAAGGGUCCGUCCAGCCGAGCGGCAAACGUGAACAGCGAAGAUCUUCGCCCACGCUUGAGACAGCGCAG